AUGAGCCCCCCCAUAGACCCCGUGGAAGACCCCGACCGGAUUCACCAGUUAGUGCAAAUGGUUGAGGAGUAUCAGCAGCAAGAUCAACAGGCCCAUGAAACCAUCAUCCAGGCCGGGGAGUUAGAUGAAGCCACGCCAUGGUUGAAUCGGACGGGGUGGGUUCGUACCCAGCGCCCCGAGGAGGAUGCCGAGGGACCAGAGCGUAUCGCAUUGGUCAUUUGGGAGGCCAUGGAGCGAUUGGCAUCGGUGAGCCAGGAGAUCGCCAAGGCGUGCGGGCAUUUAGUACGCAUUGAUGUGGUCCGUACGAUGAAGGACGAGAGUCCACAUAAGCCAUUAUUGGCAUAUUUAGAUGCCACCGCCAUUCAAAAGCAUGUGGCACCGUGGCAGCAGAUUAUGAUGUUUUUUGCACGAACCCAGCAGCAGUUAUGGGAUGCCGUGUGGCGCCAUGCCCAGGCCCAGGCCAGUUGUCCCGACCCCGAGGAUGAUGAGCCCGAGCCAUUCGAGAUUCGUCCCAUCGAGCAUGCAUUAUUAACGUUUUGCAUCGAUUUAUUACGCCAGAAGAUCCGCAACGAUGAAUAUGGAUGUGCCAUGAUUUGUGCCACCGCCGUGAUUGGAUGCGGGCAGUUUGGUUGGGCCACGCCCGAGAAUUUCCCCCCCCGGAUAUCCAGUUUGAUCAAGAUCGCGCGGUUUUUUAUUUUGCACAAAGCAUUGCGGUUAGACCCCCGGUCAUCGGAGAUCCGUCGUGGGUUCGCCGGGCAGCAGAACCCGCCAUGGUUUGAAGGUGAUAUGAUCGGCAUCGAUGAGGCAUAUGCCCACGAUGAUGAAGGAUAUGGCAGUGCCCCCCCAUCCCCGGUGGCCAUGCGUAGUUCCCCCCCCACCAGCGAUGACAUAUUAGGAGCAUUGACACAGGAGCAGCGCCAGCAUCCCGACCGAACGUUCCCCGAAUGGGUCACAUAUUUGGUGGAUUUAUUCAUGGUUCGUGGGACCAAUGGCCCCGUCCAGUGGUGGUUAGAUUUACGUACGUACGGACGGACGAUAUUUAUGAAUACCCCCAGCGAGGGUCAUAUCGGGUGGAAGUCCGGAGAUGAAUUGUUGUACAAACAGAUCCAUUUUACCAUGGGCCAUUUCCGCGGAUUUGUGCAUGGGUUGGUUGGCCGGUUACGGCAGCAGUUGGUCCACGAGUUGAUGUUUUGCACCGAUCACCCGCCCCCAGCCAUCCCGUGGGAUCAUUUGUACGAUGAUGCCACGCAGAGUGCCACCGGAUGGAGUUUUUUACAGGAUUUACGUACAUCGUGGCCGGUCCAGGGUCCGACGUGGUUCAUGGAGCGUAUCCGCCACGAGCCCCGAUUACAGCGUCAGUUUGUACAGUCCCACGGGGCCGGGUUCCGGAUGCCCGCCAUCGAUCGGUUUUUUCGAGUGGUGAGCCAGUUCCGUGAGCGGUUAAGCGUGGCCGUCCAUGUUUGUGCCGGUCAACCCAGCCGGGGUCCCGAGUUAAUGAGCAUCCGGCAUCGUAACAGUGAGCGAGAGCGCCGCAAUAUAUUCAUUGAGGAUGGCAUGGUCACAUUUGUCAGUCGAUACCAUAAGGGGUUCCAUGUGGCCAAUGAUACCAAGGUGAUUUUCCGAUAUUUACCCCGGGAGAUUGGUGAGUUGGUCAUAUGGUAUUUAUGGUUAGUAUUGCCAUUUGUGGAGCAGAUGCAGUCAUAUCAGCGGCAUAUACGGGGCGAAGCCGCCACCAUCGGUCGACGGGCCGAGUAUGUAUGGUCCCCGGAUCCCGAUCGGCAGACCGAGUGGAGUAGCGUCCGGUUACGGGAGGUAUUGAAGCGCGAGACCGCGAUUGGAUUGGAUGGGCAGAAGUUGGGAUUACAGGCAUACCGUGACAUCGCCAUCGCCAUCAGCCGGCGGUAUUUACGCCCCAGCAGUCAGUUCCAGGCCAACACCGAGGAGGAGGCCCCCGACAUUGACGACGAGACAUCCAUGGAUGAUGAUGGGAUCCGAGCAUUCAUUGCGGAUAUCCAGGCCGCGCAUUCCGCCAGCAUUGCCGGGACGCAAUAUGGCCGGAUGAUGAUGGAGAAUCCCAACACCACGGCCCGGCACCGCGAGUUAUUCCGCCAGGUGAGCCAGGAUUGGCAUUAUUUUUUAGGAUUCGAGUCCACCCGUAUCGAACAUGACCGCCGGGCCCCCGGCACCAAGCGUAAGCCCAACCCAUGGGAAGUCGAAACGGCCGAGGCCCGUACGCAGCGUCGAUAUGAUUUACACCAGACCAACAUAGACGAGGCAUUCCAGCACAUGAUGGGGAGCAACACCGUAGCAUUGCGGGGGCAACAGGGUCCCGUAUUACAAGCCAUCAAGCAUGGGGUAAGCCCCAUUGUGGCGGUCAUGCCCACCGGGGGAGGUAAGAGUGUGUUGUUUAUGUUGCCCGCGUGGGUGAGUGGCCGUGCCGGGUUAACCAUCGUGGUUGUUCCAUUGAUUGCAUUACGCGGUGACAUGGAAGCACGAUGCCAGCGAUUGGGGAUUUCAUGUGCGGUAUGGGACCCCCGACGGCCACCCGAUGGGGUAUCCAUCGUAUUGAUCACGCCCGAGAGCACCGACAGCGAUGCAUUUGCCGAUUUUGUGACCCGGCAGCGGAUGUUACAGCGAUUAGAUCGGAUUGUGGUGGACGAGUGCCAUAUGGUAUUAAGUCAACAGGAGCGAUUCCGGCCAUUAUUCCAGCAGUUGGGCAAGUUACGAACCGCAGCCACCCAGAUCGUGAUGUUGACCGCGACAUUGCCCCCCCCGCAGCGAGGAAUUAUUAUUCCAUCGGAUGCAUUGGGUCCGGGAUCAAGUGACGAUGGAUAUGACCAUCCGUUCCAGUGGGUGCAGAUGCGGAGUGUGAUCCAGUUCAUCCAGGACCGUGUUCGCCGAGCGUACCCCGGCCGGGUGAUCAUAUAUGCCACCGUCCGGGCCCAUGUCACCGCAUUGGCCGAGUUAUUAGGUUGUGCCGCAUACCAUAGCAAGCAGGUGGACAAGGAAGGGAUUUUGGCAUCAUUCCGCCACCAGGCCGGGGCGGUGAUCACGGCCACCAGUGCGUUAGGGAUGGGGAUUGAUAUCCCCGAUAUCCGCAGUGUGAUCCACGUUGGUCAGCCCCGGACCAUGUUAGAUUACGCGCAGGAAAGUGGGCGGGCCGGGCGUGAUGGACAGCCCAGCGAGGCGAUUAUCAUCCAGGCCGAGGGUCAGACGAUGGGGCGGGAAUGCCGUCCGUUUUGGAUGCACGAUGCGCCCCCGGACGACCAUGCCCAUGUUGUUGAGUAUAUGGAGGCGGCGGUGACGGGUUGCCGGCGAGUGAUAUUGGAUGGGUAUUUGGAUGGACCCAUCGAGGAAUACCAACGACAGCGAUGUGGUGAUCGGGUGGUCGAGUCCGCAUGUGAUGGAUGUAUGCCCAAUUGGGAAGACCAGGAGUCCCGGAUUGGAUCCGCGUCCCCCGUUAUCGCCGAUGACCCGAUGGUUGAUGUUGGGGCGGUUGAGCCGGUGAUGGCCGGCCCGACGGAGGAUAUUCCCAGCACCAUGGCCCGGGCCGUACCAAUCGCCAUCCAGCAUACAUUUCGGCAACAGGAUAUCCAACGGGCCGAAUUAUGCCAGCAGGCGGAUGGGAGGGCCGGUCAGCAAUAUGAGGAUGAAGAGUUUUUGAUCCGUGAGAUUGAGAAGUGGGUUGAUCGUUGUUGGACAUGCAGCCAAGGAGGCCGUGACGAUGGACAUGAGAUGUGGAAGUGUUGGUAUGGUGAAGGGGGCAGCGGCAAGAUUGCGCAGGCCAGUAAGGAUUGGAUGGUCAAGAUUCGACGGCAGAUUUCGUACGAUGGGUUCACGGCGCAUUUUUGGUGUGGGAUGCCGCAGUAUAUAUGUCCGCGGAGCGAUCGGCGAACGGAGCAUAGUCCGCAGACGGUCCAGGCAUGUGAUGGAUAUCGUACGGCAUUGAUUCCGACGAUUGCGAUGAUGGUGCAUGGGCCCCAUGCCAAUGCAGUAAUCCGAGAACGGUGGUUCCAGCGAUUGAGUGAGCAUGGGGUGGAUAAUAUCCGGGCGAACGAUACAGAGUUGAUUCGGUAUUUGGGACAGAUGGCGCGGAAUUGUGGACGAAAGCGAGCGCAGAUUACGGAAGAGUUUAUUUGGUUACGGAGAGCAUAUCAAGGAGUUGAGCGUGGUGGGUAG